GGCGAGGUGAGACGUCGAGAGGCGGCGAAAGGCGUCCCCCCCUGCGUCGGGACGCGCGUCUCCCUGUAUACGAGACGGCUUAGGGCCGACCAAGCGAGAUGCCAGAACCGCCGACGGCACCGUACACCACGAUGAAAAAUGAAAUAUAUCAAAAACAUUUAAUUAGUAUCCUUCAGUGAAUAAAGAUGAACAGUGAGCAGCAUGCAUUGCCAGCGACUACGCAGGCACAACAAGAGGAUGUAAACGCGGGUCAAAGUGGUCGUCCUUCAUACCCAGGUGGUUUGGCUACAGCAACCAGUCUUGGCAAUGUAGGGAGUACCCCGCAUUCAUCCGCGGACCUGCGUGUAGGUACAGCCGUAGCGUUAGCCUCCUCGGUAGCUAAAUAUUGGGUCCUCACCAAUCUCUUUCCUGGACCGCUACCUCAGGUCUCGGUCUAUCAUCAUUCCCACCACAACUCCUCACAUAGGAGUAGUGGAGGUGGAGAGGCAUCUUCCAAAGAGCCAGCCUCUUCAUUGAACCAAGAAAUGGCGUUAACUUCCAGUUCACAUCAUCAAUCAACACCUACACAUCAUCAUCAUCAAUCUUCAGUUAGCAGUAGCAGUCAUCAUAGUUCUUUACAACCAAAUUCACAGCAGAUACCAGUUUCUCUACCAGGCCUUAAUUUAGACGGACCACAUAUACCUGCCAGCGUCAGUCAUUUACAGGCAGCACAUGCACAAAUGCAGCAACAAAUGCAGGCAGCACAGCAGCAACAGCUGCAUCAACAGCAGCAACCACAACAGCAGCAGCAACAACAACAAUCUCACCAUCAAAUGCAAAAUCAUCAAAAUGCUCAGAAUAGUGGACCAACUGCACAUAAUCAAAACGCACAGAGGGAUGAUAAUAAGGUGAAGGAUGAAGGUGGAAGUUGUACAACUGAACGUUGCAGUGACAAUCAAGUUCACUGUCAAGUUCAAUGUGACCUCCAGUUACAAACAUCUCAAGAUUUACAACAAAGUCUUAUGCAACAGCAACAACAGCAGCAACAGCAACAACAAAUUGGUGUGAACAUAAGCGGGAAUUCAUCGAACGAAGGUGGAAGUCAAAAUAAUACAGAGAAACCUGAAAAAGAAAAAGAGUUGCGUCAACUAAAUAUGACGCAGUUUCAAGUGCCAGAUUUAAAACCAGGAGGUCACAUGAUGGAUGUUAGAACAGCUGAUGGUUCAGUUGUGAAAAUCAGUGCUGGAAAUGAGCAAGAUUUAGCAAAAACACUUGGUGUUGAAAUGGUGCAAAAUAUGUACAAGGUAAAUGUCGAGGAUAUUAAUCAACUUUUAGCAUAUCAUGAAGUAUUUGGAAAACUACAAAGUGAAAUAGCAGCUGGUACAACCUUAGUUGGAAGUACAGUUCCUACUCAAACAGUUACCACUAUACAGAAUGGAACUCCAAUUGUACAACAAGUUCAAUUAAAUAAAUUUGAUAUUAAAUCAAGUGAUGGUGAAGCUACACCAGGACCAAGUGCUUCGCCUGUAUCAGUUGGAAGUCAUGCAUGUGAAAUAUGUGGAAAAAUUUUUCAGUUUCGCUAUCAGCUUAUUGUUCAUCGUAGAUACCAUACGGAAAGGAAACCUUUUACUUGUCAGGUGUGUGGCAAGGCCUUUUUAAAUGCAAAUGAUUUGACACGGCAUGGAAAAUGUCAUUUAGGUGGAUCCAUGUUUACUUGUACAGUUUGUUUUCAUGUAUUUGCAAAUGCACCAUCUUUGGAACGUCACAUGAAGCGACAUGCUACCGAUAAGCCAUAUAAUUGUACUGUAUGCGGAAAAAGUUUUGCAAGAAAAGAACAUUUAGAUAACCAUACGCGUUGUCAUACUGGAGAAACACCUUACAGGUGUCAAUAUUGUUCAAAGACUUUUACUAGGAAAGAACAUAUGGUAAAUCAUGUUCGUAAACAUACAGGUGAAACACCUCAUCGAUGUGAUAUUUGUAAAAAGAGCUUUACUCGCAAAGAACAUUUUAUGAAUCAUGUUAUGUGGCAUACAGGAGAAACUCCUCAUCAUUGCCAAGCUUGUGGCAAGAAAUAUACACGUAAAGAACAUCUCGCAAACCAUAUGCGUUCACAUACCAAUGAUACACCAUUUCGCUGUGAAAUAUGCGGUAAGUCGUUUACGAGAAAGGAGCACUUCACGAACCACAUAAUGUGGCACACGGGUGAGACGCCGCACCGCUGUGAUUUCUGCUCGAAGACAUUCACGCGAAAGGAGCAUCUCUUGAACCACGUACGCCAGCACACGGGUGAGUCUCCACACCGAUGCGGCUUCUGCUCCAAAUCGUUCACCAGAAAGGAACACCUUGUUAACCACAUCCGCCAACACACAGGAGAGACGCCUUUUCGCUGUCAAUACUGUCCGAAAGCAUUUACGCGGAAGGAUCAUCUGGUGAACCAUGUCAGGCAACACACGGGUGAGUCACCGCACAAGUGCCAGUAUUGCACCAAAUCCUUCACGAGGAAGGAACAUUUGACAAAUCACGUGCGUCAACACACAGGCGAAUCGCCACACCGAUGCCACUUCUGCUCCAAGUCAUUUACUCGUAAGGAGCAUUUGACGAAUCAUGUGCGAAUCCACACCGGCGAAUCACCGCAUAGGUGUGAAUUCUGCCAGAGAACGUUCACUAGGAAAGAACAUCUAAAUAAUCAUCUCCGUCAGCACACCGGAGAUUCGUCGCACUGUUGUAACGUGUGCUCGAAACCAUUUACAAGAAAGGAACAUCUCGUAAAUCAUAUGCGAUGUCAUACUGGUGAACGUCCAUUUGUAUGCACAGAAUGUGGCAAAAGCUUUCCUUUAAAAGGUAACUUGCUUUUUCACAUGCGCUCGCACAAUAAAGGCAGCAAUGCCGAGAGACCGUUUCGCUGCGAUCUUUGUCCAAAAGACUUCAUGUGCAAAGGACACUUAGUGUCUCACAGACGAUCUCAUUCGGACGAGCGACCACAUAGCUGUCCAGAUUGUGGGAAAACAUUCGUUGAGAAAGGAAAUAUGUUGAGACAUUUGAGAAAACACGCGGCGGAAGGCCCGCCGACACAAGUCAGCACGCCGUCAGCAAUUCCUCAAUCCGGUGUUCUGCCGAUUCCGGCGGCGGCUGUCCUGGUUGGCCAUCCUUUGGCACCCCCUGCGCCACCUGUAGUCCCACAACACACCGUUGUUGUGCCUACUCCCCCCGGUGUAUUGACCUCCUACUAAACCAAAUGAAGAAAGCAAGCAUGUGAAGGAAAAAACAGGAAAGCAUUUUUUUCAUAAGAAGAAAAAAAGAAAGUGAGUGUAUACAUAAUGAAUGUUUGUGUUUGUUAAUCAAUGAAAGUGCGCCGUUGAGUUGUUUCCUUUUUCCUUUUCUUGUUCGUCUGCUCUUUUCGUCGAAAGGGGAAAAAGAAAAAUACUGUUGAAACUUGCAAUUUCUACAGACACGAAAAAAAAUAAGUUAAUUGAUGAAGUGCAGUUAUGCGAUAUAAAAAGAUCGUUGUGACUACAGCGCUCCAUUGUUCAUGCUUCAAGUGUGUCCUCAUCGCAAUGCUCGCUGUAGCUACGUACAAGAAGAACGAGAGAGUUUAUACUAUGAACUUCAUCGGUUUUAAGCAGUUGACCGUGCUGCUAUGGUUGAUAGCAGUGUAUUAUCCAAAGUUUGAAUUUCUGUUUUUCUUUUACUUUCUUUUUUCUCUUUUUUUUCCUUCUUUUUGUAUAUGAAACAAUCAAUUUAUCAAAGAGAAAAAUAUUUGAUAUGUAUUAUCUAAUUCCACGCUGAUAAAUAUGGAAUUGAUAAUUGUGGCGAUUUGAUAAUGGGCACACGUAAUUUCGCUAUUAAUUCGACUAACUGCGGUAACGAUAUAACGCUGUAUUAGUUUUAUACAAUAAUUUCGUGUAAAGAAAAGAAACAAAAAAGAAAAGUAACGAAAUUAAUGUAUUUACUAAUUGAAGUAAAAUUUAGCGUGAUAUAAUCUAAUGCGCGAUAUACCUCUGAAAUAAUGGUAUAAUCAUGAUUUUAAAAGAUUUAUCGAGUAGCUUGCUUGAAGUACAAAAUAUAUUUGGAAUUCAAAUAUAUUUCAUUACGUGCGGAUUUGUAUUAUUUUUAUCACAAUUUUAUUAAACUGUUCUGUUUAAAUUGAGACACGUAAAAAGAAAUAACUAUUCGAAAUGAUCAUAAAAUAUAGAAGUAUAUACAUUUGCAUCUGUCACGUUGUUCAGCGCCACAAAUUUUUUUACGUUAAAUAUUUAUUGCCAUCUAUAAUAAUAUUGUCAUUUGUACAAUAAACGUAUCACAAAUAUUCUAUUGAUGUUAAAAAGUUGUUCUUUUUUUCUUAUGAGUUCGCUUUUUUUACAUACUUGGUUGUAGAAAUAAAGGAAAAUUUCUCUAUGUAAAAUCUAAUAUAAUAAAUAUACAUUUUAUUACUUGCGUAAAAAAAUUCUGCGUAAACGUGACUGAGAAAGAUACUACAAAUUAUAAUCGGUAAUUUUCAAUUUACUGAUAUUAUAUUUAUGUUUACUUUAAUGCGAGGAAUUAUAUUUAAAAGAAACAUUUUAAAACACGAUGUAUGUUUUAUUGAUACAGACAUGAAUGUCGAAUUAAAGUUUCACGUUAGUUGUCCAUUUUAGCUGUAGUCAUGUUUUCUCUUUUUUUUAACUUUUCUUUUUGUUUAAUCGUAAUUAUUGUAAUAAUGAGUGCAAUAUAAUUUUGCCGAUUUCACUUAAGCGUUGAUCCGCAGCGAAUACCAACUGUCACUACAGUAGAUAACACUAAGAAAGCAAAAAAUGAUCAGGCAAUAGUGAUUCUAUACUUUUUUUAGUGUAUAGGGACGAUUUUGGAUUAUUUUGAUUCUUAAAAUUAAUUUUAAUUGGUUAACGAUAUUUGCGUCUCGUCUACUUUAAAAAGAAGAAAAAAAUAUUAUUGACUCUAGCGAUCUUGUAAGGCCAUGUAUUUCGUAUUUACGAUUAAGAAUAAAAGAUAAAAAGUCGUAAGCCUGGUUCUGCGGUAACGUUGUUCAGUGCUGUAAGUUACCUAAAUAUAUAUCACAUAUUUAAAAGAGCAUUCAAAAUAAAUAACUAAUACGUACGUUCAGUAAAACGGAGAGAAAAAAUUCACAAUCGUAUAUUAACGAUUGCUGCAGUGCCAGGUUUACCUUAAUUAUGUAUAAUACUAUAAUAAUAACAACUAUUGAAUAUAAACACGAGAAAGAUAAUAAAUUUAUUAACGCGCGUGCAUGCGUCACAUGGAGUUUCGUGUACGAUAAUGUUCGUCACUCUGUAGAAGUCUAGAUUAAUAUAUUAUGAUAAAUAUAUCUAAGUAUAUCCAAACAGUUAGAUAUCACGUACUAUUUAACGAGAAAUGGGAAGAAAAAAAAAUAACAAGGGAAAAAUGAAUUAAUACCGCAGAUUCACUUUAUGAGUGACAUACAAAAUACAUGUCACAUACGGAGCGUAAAAUUUUCACAUUAUAUUCGUAGAAAAACAAAAAGUGAUGUAUAGAAAAAGCGAGAAAUGAGGAUAUGAAGGAAAUACGCAGUUUGUGCAAAGAUACAUCUAGAAAGGAAAAACAAAUAUAUAUGUAUAAUAUAUAUUGCUCACGCUUAUAUACAUUAUGUAUAUAUAUGUUGUACACGACGUGAAAAUGAAAUAAAAAGAAGAAAACUAUGAUGCCGUACCGGAGACACUUAAUGCAAGUAAUAUUUCCGACGAUACGUGUAAAGAAUUCCUUCGCAAUUUAUUCAUGGCAUCGCUCCUUGUAAUUUGCUAAAAAGUCUAACGAGGAAUAAAUAGAAAUAAUGUUUAUAUGAAUUAUUAUUAUUAUUAUUAUUGAUAAUAUUAUUAUUAUUGCAUUAUUAUUAUUGAUAAUUAUACAUUACGAAAAAUAAAAUUAAGAGUUGGUUCAUGCUUUUAAGAGAUUUAGUUUCGUGCUUGUUUUAAAAAAAAAUAGCAAGCAAGUAUCAGAUCCAACUGUUCCCUUUGAAUCGAAGCGAUUUUAUGAAAGAUAUUAAAUAAAAGAACAGUAAGAUACUACUUCACUAAGAUUCGUAACCAGUCAGUUUUUUUGCGUAAUUUUUAAUAAAACUUCUAGCUUUUGUCUUUUUUCACUAACAAUAAAAAAUCCCUGAAAUAGAAACGUUUCGGUUCAAAGAGAAGUAUGAUGGUGAAGGAAAGAAUUCGAAAUAUGAUUUACUUUUAGAUAGAAUGAAAUAUGUAUAGAAUUUUAUUAUGCACCAUUGUAAUAUUAUGUAUCCCAGUUGUGACACAAUAUACACUGGUGUUAUGUUAAAUGUGAA